AUACUAAGAAGAUUAGUUUCAAAGAAGAAGAAAAGAUAUGAAGAUCCAGAGAAUGGAUUUGAUUUAGAUCUUGCUUACAUAACUCCGAAUAUUAUUGCCAUGGGAUAUCCAUCUCCUAAUUUUGAAAAGAUUUAUCGUAAUCCAAUGGAGGAAGUUCAACGAUUUUUGGAAACUAAACACAAAGACAAGUACAAGUUGUGGAAUUUGUGUGCUGAAAGAUCCUACGAUAAGACAUGUUUCCAUGGUCGUGUUGAAGAUAGUUAUCAAUUCUAUGAUCAUGAAGCUCCAAAGUUUGAAAUUUUAAUUCCAUUUUGUAAAAAUGUUCAUGAAUGGUUGAGUCAAGAUCCAGAAAAUGUUGCUGUCAUUCACUGUAAAGCAGGAAAAGGAAGAACAGGUGUUUGUAUCAGUUGUUAUCUCAUGUAUGCUCAACUUCAACCAAGUGCUAAAGCAAGUUUAGAUUUUUAUGGUAAAGCAAGAACAAAAAAUCACAAAGGUGUCACAAUUCCAAGUCAA